GUCCCAAUCUCUUAGCCCGACCCGAACUCAUAGUAGCCCUGUAGGGUUUUACUUUUUAGUCCUUAAGGGUUUCUUUAGCGUUCCAGUUUAAUCCUAACUUGCAGCUCUUCUGCUCACUAUCUAGGGUUUAAUCUUCGGCUUUCAACUUCUGUCGGUGGUCAUGUCGUCGAGGCCUGAGGUUCAAGCCCCUGAGAUAUUCUAUAACGAUGUUGAGGCUCGGAAGUACACCUCCUCUUCUCGCAUAAUGGAAAUUCAGGCAAAGUUGUCAGAGAGAGCAUUGGAGCUUCUUGCUUUGCCUGAUGAUGGAGUGCCCAGAUUGCUCCUUGACAUUGGUUGCGGAUCAGGACUUAGUGGGGAGACUCUCUCUGAGAAUGGGCACCAAUGGUUUGGUCUAGAUAUUUCACAGUCGAUGCUUGAUGUUGCAUUGGAGCGGGAGGUAGAGGGUGACCUUCUACUUGGUGACAUGGGACAGGGCCUGGGACUUCGUCCUGGGGUAAUGGAUGGGGCCAUCAGUAUCUCUGCUGUUCAGUGGUUAUGCAAUGCUGACAAGACCUCUCACGAUCCACGACUAAGAUUGAAGGCUUUCUUUGGAUCAUUAUACAGAUGCUUAGCCAGGGGGGCCAGAGCAGUGUUUCAAUUAUAUCCUGAAAAUCUAGCCCAGCGUGAAUUGAUUUUGAGCUUUGCAAUGCGUGCUGGAUUUGCUGGUGGUAUGGUUGUGGAUUUUCCACACAGUACUAAGAGAAGAAAAGAAUACCUUGUCCUCACUUGCGGUCCACCAUCUAUAAGCACAUCUGUUCCGAAGGGAAAAGGUGAAGAUGGGGAGAGUUGCUCGGAGGAUGAGAGCAGUGAUGAUGAAGCAGAACAGACGGUCUGCAUCUCAGACAGGCACAGACCCAGGAAAAAACAAAAAUUAACCAAGAAAGGGAAAGGGAGAGAAUGGAUACUGAGGAAGAAAGAACAAAAGAGGAGAAGGGGGGAUGAGGUACCUCUGGAUACAAAAUACACAGCUCGAAAACGAAAGCCUCGCUUCUGAUUAGUUACACCAGGCCUAUAUUGUGUUAAAAGGGUGUUCUCUUUGGUGCUUAGAUAUUGUGUUUACCGAGGCAUUUGUUCUCAUCAGGGGCAUCUAGGGGUCCAUUGCAAGCAUGAGAUGUGAUGUUAAACAUUACUGUUUUAAUCUGCCCUGCUAUAUGAGGGAUGCCGAGGAACAUCGUAGAUAAAAUGGUUUUGGCAUUUUUGUUUAUCCAAUAGAAAACUGAAAUGUUUUCUGUGGUUUGUUAAAAA